GAGGGAAGAAGGAGAGUGGGGAGGAGAGAAGGAAGGGGAAAAACGAGACAGAACGAGGAGAGAAGUCGGGCCGUUCAAGCAGCGAGCGGAGGGAGGGGAGCCGCGGGGAGGGGUCCGCCGGGCCGCUGAGAGGCGAUGGCGGAUAUAGACAAGCUCAACAUCGACAGCAUCAUCCAACGGCUGCUGGAGGUGCGAGGAUCAAAACCAGGCAAAAAUGUUCAACUUCAAGAGAAUGAAAUUAGAGGACUGUGCUUGAAAUCCAGAGAAAUCUUUCUGAGUCAGCCUAUUCUACUAGAACUUGAAGCUCCACUGAAAAUAUGUGGUGACAUCCAUGGACAGUACUAUGACUUGCUUCGGCUCUUUGAAUAUGGAGGUUUUCCACCAGAAAGCAACUACCUGUUCCUUGGUGAUUAUGUUGACAGAGGAAAACAGUCUUUAGAAACAAUUUGUCUUCUAUUGGCCUACAAAAUUAAAUAUCCAGAGAAUUUUUUCCUCCUCAGAGGGAACCAUGAAUGUGCCAGCAUCAAUAGAAUUUAUGGGUUUUAUGAUGAAUGUAAGAGGAGAUACAACAUUAAGCUGUGGAAAACCUUCACAGACUGUUUUAACUGUUUACCAAUUGCAGCUAUUGUGGAUGAGAAAAUAUUCUGCUGUCAUGGGGGUUUGUCACCAGACCUUCAGUCAAUGGAACAAAUAAGACGAAUUAUGCGCCCCACUGAUGUACCAGAUCAGGGUCUACUUUGUGAUCUCUUGUGGUCUGACCCGGACAAGGAUGUCUUAGGAUGGGGUGAAAAUGACAGAGGAGUGUCCUUCACUUUUGGUGCUGAAGUGGUUGCUAAGUUUCUCCAUAAACAUGAUUUGGAUCUCAUAUGUAGAGCUCAUCAGGUUGUUGAAGAUGGAUAUGAGUUUUUUGCAAAAAGGCAAUUGGUAACUCUCUUUUCUGCCCCAAAUUACUGUGGAGAGUUUGAUAAUGCGGGUGCCAUGAUGAGUGUGGAUGAAACUCUAAUGUGCUCUUUUCAGAUUUUGAAACCGGCAGAGAAAAAGAAGCCCAAUUCCAGCAGACCUGUAACGCCUCCCAGGGGUAUGAUCACAAAACAAGCAAAGAAAUAGUCACUUUGGCGCUGCCUUGUUGGGACUUGUAUUAUAGUAUAUAACCUCCAUUUUUAAAACUGUAAUGUGUACUGUUCAGCUUGCUCAAAAUAGAUAAUGUGUUUGUGGUUUUCCUUUUGAUUUGAUGAAUGGCAUUUGCUGGUUGUAACAGCGAAUGAAAGACUUUUCUCCCAGGAAAAGAGUUUUAAACUUCCCUUUCGUUGGUGUUACAGCUGUACACUCCACAGCAUCUUAUCCUGUCAUUAUGGGUAAUUGUACAACUGACUUUCUGAAUCUGUACAAUGAGUAGUGUAAAUGCUUGUUUUUCUUCUUUAGGAUCUAAAGAGGGCACUAGUGUGCUGUGAGAGUAGAAAUUUGUUACUGUCAGAAAUCACAUACUGUUUAUACAAACCACUGUGAACUUUUUUUACGUUAAAUUUUGUUUUAAAGGGAUUGCAUUUCUUUUAAUGUCUUGUCAUGUACACGUUAGUUUUAUUGCUGUCAACAUUAGAAAUAACCUUCAACUUGCCAGCAUCACUGGUAUGAUGUAUAUUUAAUUCAGACACACAUCCCCCUCCGUAUACUUCAAAUGACAAUUAAAGCCAUUAUUUUAA